AUGAUUUGGAAAAUCCUCUUCAGUGUUGCAGCCAUAUUGGCCCAAAUCCUCCCAGCCUUAGCUGCUCUAACUCUCGAUUCGCAAUUGACUAGUCAAUCGCCAGGCAAAUAUGUCUUCGCCCACUUCAUGGUCGGCAUAGUAAAGGACUACCAGUUAUCAGACUGGAAAGAAGACAUGGCCGCAGCCCAAUCUAUUGGCAUCGAUGCAUUCGCACUGAACUGCGCGAGCAUAGACAGCUAUACACCAACCCAGCUAGCCCUAGCCUACCAAGCAGCCGAACAAGUCAACUUCAAAGUGUUCAUCUCCUUCGAUUUCGCCUACUGGACCAACGGGGACACAGCAAACAUCACAGAGUACAUGAAACAAUAUGCAGGCCACCCGGCGCAGAUGCAAUACAAGGGAGCUGCGGUAGUCAGUACAUUUGUUGGAGACAGUUUUAACUGGGAUCCCGUGAGACAGGGCACCCGGCAUCCAAUUUAUGCAUUACCCAAUCUCCAAGAUCCAGCCGAGGCUGCCACCGGCCCUGCCAAGAGCGCUGAUGCCGUCUCACCCUGGUUCUCAACACAUUUCAACGUCAAAAACUGGGUUUUCGUUUGCGAGAAUCUACCAACACUUCGUUGGGAACAAAUGCUUUCUCUUCGGCCAGAUUUGAUUGAAAUAAUCUCAUGGAAUGACUAUGGCGAGUCCCACUACAUCGGCCCGUACUCAGCGCAUCACAGCGAUGAUGGAUCAUCCCAGUGGGCAGCCAACAUGCCCCACGACGGCUGGCGUAACCUAUUCAAGCCCUAUAUCGCAGCUUACAAAGCUGGCGCAAAAACACCUACCGUAGAAGCAGACGAAGUCGUGUACUGGUACCGACCUACGCCCAAGGGCGUUGUGUGCACGGGUGAUACCCUCUCCGCACCAAUGGGUGCUAACAUGCUCAGUGAUAGUAUCUUUGUCGCGACUAUGUUGACAAGUCCCGCUACUUUGACUGUGCAGAGUGGGGGUAAUGCUCCUGUCAACAUUGAUGUUCCGGCGGGGAUUGUUACCUCGAAUGACCCUCCGGUCUGGCAGCUGGCCUAUGACCCGGAACCAGACAGUUUUCAAGUGAACACUCAAAGCGAGGGCACUAAAAUUCCUUGUGAACUGGGACCCAGGACUCCAUGUCUCAUGCCAGCGACCCCGGAGCCCCAGGGUCUCCGUGGAUCGGCCUACGAUACUCUCGACACCAAUGUCGGGGCCAGAACAAUGGCCUUCACGCAUACGGCAAUGCCAAUGGCCAACUCGAUAGCCUCAAUAGAGAAAUUCGGCCGAGACAAUCCAACUCGACCGCGUCGCACUGUUCUGCGCUAUCUGGAGGAACUAUUCAUUCCAUUUUUACAUUUACUCCUGCUUGACACCACUGUUGAAAAUGCUGUGAAAACAGAUGAUGGUAAAUGGAAGCUCACACUACGACGACGAAAUGUCCAACUUGGCACGUCAGAUGGACCCAAAGAUUACUGGUGGGAGGAGCAAUUUGAUGCAUUGGUGGUAGCUUCGGGACAUUUUACAGUUCCUAGUCUUCCUAAUAUUGAAGGUCUAGUCGAGACCUCCGCCGAGUUUCCGGACAAGUUUGAGCAUUCCAAAUCCUGGAGGUCUCCGGACUCAUAUGUCAACCAGAGAGUUGUCAUCGUUGGCGGCGGCAUAUCAGCUGCAGACCUUGUUGAAGACCUCCACCAAAUCGUCAAGGGCCCGCUGUAUGUCUCCCGACGUGGAAACGUGGGAUUCCUCGAAGAUGCAUGGCGUCUGCCCAACGUGGUCGAUAAAUCGACCAUCUCGCGUAUAUCCCCUGCCGCCGGUGGCACGGUAGAAUUCCAGGACGGAACAAGCAUCAACUUCGACAAGAUCAUCUUCGCAACGGGAUACAAACUUUCUUAUCCAUUCCUACCAUUCCAGGCUGUUACCCCACAGAACAGACUGGACGGAUUCUACCAGCACAUUUUCCGUAUCGGGGAUCCCUCCCUUGCUAUCAUCGGACAGGUCAGAGCAGCAAUUAGCUUUCGCAUCUACGAGUAUCAGGCUGCGGCAGUCAGCCGUUUCCUGGCCGGGCGUUCUAAAGACUUGCCAAGCAAAGCAGAACAAGAUGAGUGGGUGGAACAGAGACUAAAGCACAAGGGUCCUACCGAGCUGUUCCACGAGAUAAUGCCCGAUUUUGCGGAAUACUAUGGCUGGUUGCGAGAAUUCGCAGGCUGUACGGAAGGAAAGCCCACGGAAUAUCUCUUGCCGGAAUUUGAAGACAAUUGGAUCCAGAGUGAUAUAGAAAUCCUGCUAGCGAAGAAAGAGCAUUGGGUGGCUCUCCGGGCUAAGAACCGUGCGUUGGAUUACGAAAGUCAGCAUGCGAAGACCGGUAUCAAUGGCGGCAUCUCGCGUUAA